CCAACCAAAAAACUAACACCUGGCUUGUCCUUUUCUCUCAUCAUCCUCCCCCCGCGACACCCAAAGCUUUACAAGCUGCAUUCUUCACGCAAGCCCAAGACGUCUAUUUUACGGACAGCCACCUCACUCUCUCCAUCGUCGUCCGUGUCUGUCCGAAUGGCCCAGCCUUCAUCGACCCACCACGAGCGCACUGAGCGUGACAGAGACCGCGAUCGCGAAAGGCAUCAUCGCAGCGACCGCGAGCGGUCUUCUCACCACCACCAUCGAACAAUCUCAUCAACAACCCUCCUCCUCGUACUUUCUCUGGUCCUCGCCGGUUUGGCAGUGAUGCUCUCACUGCCACGCCAGUACUCAGCCGACUCUACCACCGAAGGGGGCUCCUCAUCAGGUGUUUUUGGAAUGCUUUCGCCUAAACGAACGCAAGCGCUCAUCGCUAGGGAGAGCGCAGUCGCUGUACGAGAAGCAGAAGUUGCUCGCAGAGAGGCUGAGCUACUCAUUGGGGCCCCUGGUGGAGUUUUGCCUACACCUACACCCGUCCUCUGCCCUCCUUGUGCGGCUACCACUUAUGUCGAGACGGUCACGCCUCCCAUCCAGACUAUCAUCAAGGAAAUUGUCAAGGAGGACUCGUUAACGCCUCCAGGCUGGAAUAAUGGCCGAGCCGAGGAUGUUCUCGAGAGAGAACUUCGUGUUUCUGAACGAGAACGCGAUAUCACUAAGCGAGAAGAAAGUGUCAAUCGCCGCGAGCAUGACGCGUCUCGUCGUGAAGGUUGGAUCAUGGAACAACUCAUUGCAUUGGGCAACGAUCAUCCGGAAGUCGAGGAGGAAUACGUCUACGAGCCAAAGCGCAAAGUCAAGGCGCUUCCUUUUGAAACAGAGACCAAGACCGUUGUCCAAACCCAAACUGUCACCGUACCCGCUCCUGCCAACACGCGGCGGGCAUCUCCUCCAACUCCUCAAGUUGCCGAUUCUUCAUUCAAGACCGAUAGCCCUCGAACAACUGCUAUAGAGUUCAUCACAGAGGAUGACCUUAAAACUGUCGUUGUCCGAUCACCUAAACCUACACGGCGACCCCCUCGUGGCUGGUUUGGUGGUUGGUGA